CCGUUUAAAGGUGAAGGGGGUUUAAUCCUCUCCAAAAUAAAGUGGAGGGGGUUUAACGGCCGGCGUACCUUCGGCUGCCGACCACCUCGGUGCCAUCCCGAUGCGCUUCUCAUUGCGCCGUCCACAUAGCCGCCCCUCUUCCUCCCCCCUCCCCGCUACCGCCGCCGCCGCCGCCUCCUGUCACCGAAUCGCCGUGCUAUCGACCGCAUCUCCCUCCUAUGCAGCGUCGGCCGGAGGCGCCGCCUUCCUGCCCACCGUGCGCCUCAAUCGCGAACUCGCCAGGUGCGCCCGGUCCUGCCCCGUCUCCGCCCUCGCCCGCUUCUCCCGCGUGCUCCGCGCGGGUUCCCCGCCGCCCGACGCAGCCACAUUCAAUGUCCUCCUGCAAUGCCUAUGCCUGCUUGGCCGCCUCGCUGCCGCCCGCAGGCUGUUUGACGCAAUGCGCGGCCUGGCGCCCGGGCUCCCCAGCGUAGUCUCCUGCAACACCCUCGCCAAGGGGUACUGCCUCGGCGGACGCCUCACCGACGUGCUCGACUUGCUGAGCUGGAUGCUGGGCGCUGCAUUGCAACCUAACAAGCGGACCUACUCAAUCAUCAUUGAUGGGGCCUGCGGCAUGGGCUACCCGGAGCUCGGCUUUGGAUUCCUGGUCAGUAUGCUUCGUGGUGGGCUGUUCCCGAGCGUUCCGACAUACAGCUGCCUGCUCGCUGGGCUGUGCACUCGGGGUGGCAAUUUGAAGCAGGCGCUGGUGCUCUAUGGGAGGAUGGUGAAGAUGGGAGUCAGAGGGAACAUUGUGUCAUACUCGGGCUUCUUGAAUGCUCUGUGCCGUACGGAGAUGGUCACACAAGCAGAGGUUCUCCUAGGCGACAUGCUAGUUGCUGGUUGCCCGCCGAAUGUCGUGACAUGUACUGCUUUGGUGAAAGGAUUAUGUACAAUCGGACGAGUUCAUCAUGCAAGGAUCGUGAUAAAGCACAUGGUCAAUCUUGGAAUUGUUCCCAAUGUUGUCACAUACACCACAUUGAUGUCUGGUCUCUGUAAGGAAGGGAGAAUGGGGGAAGCUGUAGGUCUCCUAGGUGAGAUGCAACAGCAGGGAGUUAAACCUAAUGAAUUUACAUAUAGCACAUUGUUGAAUGGAUUGUGUAAAGAAGGAAGGCUUGAUGACGCAGUCAAUCUUUUUGGCCAAAUGGAGAAGGAAAAUUGUGCUAACAGAAUGUUUGCCUAUAAUGUUCUAAUAAGUGGGUUCUGCAAAAUGGGGAACUUGCGGCAAGCCCUUAAGUACUUCUAUGACAUGGGACACAAGGGCUUCUUACCUGAUAUAGUUACAUACAACACUUUAAUGGAUGGUUACUGUAAGUUAGAUCAGAUUGAAACUGCAAAGGGCUUGCUGGCUGACAUGGAAAAACAAGGAUUACAACCAAACAUAGUUAGUUACAACAUAUUAAUUUCUUGUUUAGCUAGAUUAGGAGAUGCUGAACAGGCAGCCAUUUUAGCACAGGAGAUGUCUAAGAAAGGAAUUGAGCUUGACCACAUUGGCCACUGUAUACUUUCACAAGGAAUGCGAAGAAAAGUUUAAAUUUUUAGCAGUGCUCAGGUUCUUCUCUGGAGCUGCAAAUGGACCUGCAAUUAAAUAUUUGAUUCUUAAGGAUGGUCGUGGUGCAGAUGGAUAGGGAGAGGCAAUGAGUCUUUAUGUGUAAUCAGUUGGAGAUUUGUCUUCUGCAAACUUGCUGAUUAACCUGAGGACAUCAUGAUUUUGGAGGAAGCAUUCCAUUCAUGGUAAAGAUUGUGAAAUCUGUUUAUGAAAAUUAUCUAGGAUACCGAAGUCUGCGAUGACCUGCAUAAUCUUUUGGAAGUGAACCCAAGAAUGUCUACAUUGUUCUACAAUAUCCCUCUGUUGAUGUUAGAACCUCUAUGAUGAACUGAUUAUUUCAAGCCACUUCACACCGUGGCUGCAAGUGAACUAAAAUAUCUAUUUGGUCACUGUGAUUUCAUUUAUCAUCAACCUUCCAUGAACAUGGGAGAUUAUGUAUGGAAACAGACCUGCAAAGGCAGGACUUAGAGCUUCAUUCAAUGAAAGUACAAGAAUAUUUUAGCCAAAAUGUUGUUUAAAUGUUCCAAAAGAGAGCAGUUUUAGUUAUCUUCAGAAUCUAAAUUGAAUCAGGCCUGGGUGACAAAAUUCUGCCUGAAGCCUGUGACUGUUUAUGCCCUGAAGGACUUCACGUCUGCCAAGUUGUUCCAGAACAUGCGUCAUAUAUGAAACGGGAUAUUUGACCACUUGACACUGUGUGGAGAAAAGUAAGGAGUGGCCUAUAUGACUGGAAGAUGUUAGACUCUCAGUAAAUUAUUCAGGCCCAAAACAAUUGUUAGUGCUACUAUCCUAAACGUUGGUACGCAAUCAAAACUCUGGGGCUUUAUUAGCAGUAGAGAGUAGAGGUUCAACUUUCAAGGGGCAUCAUUGAUGAGGAGCAGCAAAAGGCCAAAAACGUGUUUUGAACAUACACUGAAAUUACAAUCAAAAGGGAGGGUUUACAAUGACCUUCAACUAGCAAGAUUGUUGGAACUGAAGUCGAAGCAUGCUAUCUUGGAGGUAGACUGCUUGAAGUUGGUGCAACUUUUGAGGCAGCAGGAUGUGAAUCAAUCUGUUAUAUAUCCUGCAUUUUUGUUC